AAAAAUCUUUCUGUGUUAGCAAUAGCAAAAUAGCAAUAAGCAUAGUGGGCGUGGAGCCCAUAACUGGACCUCUGCUUUGCUGGCUUCAAGCUCUCCAUUGUUGGUCUUUUAUGGGGCUUGUCUGCUAACACAACAAUAGAGAGAGAUUGCAGAACCCCACACACACACACACAAGGAAGGGAAAAAAAUAAAAAAACCAACCUCUCAGUCUUAUUUAGAUAGAGAAAAGUACUCCCUUUUUAUUUCUUUUGUUUUUCAAAACUUCUUCUUCAUCAAUAAUCCUAUCAUCACCACCACCACCAUCACCACCAUCACCAAUCCAUCAUCAUCAACAAAAGAAUCAGCAACUACCCUGUUCAUGUUUUUAUCUCCCUUUGCUAAUAUUGAUGGAUCCACAGAUCUAACACUUUGAUUGUUGUUAUUAUUAUUACCUUUUUUCUUUUAAUUACUCACAUGAAGUUCCUCUUUCAACUUUGAAAAAGUUAGUACCUUUCUGUCAAGAACAAGUCAAAUUAUUACAAGUGUAUACUUACUGUGUUAUAAAGUAGAAGAGGAUACACUUUAUUUUUGGGGUUUCUCUGGGUCAGAGGCUUAUCUGGGUGUGUAUUAAAUGUGGAUGAAUUGGAGGGUUCUUCGGAUGAGAUGAGGGAUGUUAUCUGGGUUGAUGAACUUUUUGAGGGCCUGCUUUCGGCCAAGGUCCGAUCGAUAUGUGCACACCAAUUCGGACAGCAGUGGCCGCCAAGAUGGAUUAUUGUGGUACAAGGACCAUGGGCAGCACUUCAAUGGUGAAUUUUCAAUGGCCGUAGUGCAGGCCAAUAAUUUACUUGAAGAUCAGAGCCAGCUUGAAUCAGGCAGUUUAAGCUUACAUGACUCUGGCCCAUUUGGUACCUUUGUUGGAGUUUAUGAUGGACAUGGGGGACCUGAGACAUCACGCUAUAUCAAUGAUCAUCUCUUUCAGCAUCUCAAGAGGUUUACUACGGAGCAACAGUCAAUGUCAGUGGAUGUGAUUCGGAAGGCAUUUCAAGCAACAGAAGAAGGUUUUCUCUCACUUGUCACAAAACAAUGGCCUAUGAAACCGCAAAUUGCGGCAGUUGGGUCAUGUUGUCUUGUUGGUGUUAUCUGUGCUGGAACCCUUUAUAUUGCCAACCUUGGUGAUUCCCGUGCUGUUCUUGGUAGAGCUGUUAAGGCAACGGGGGAAGUUUUGUCCAUUCAGCUUUCAGCUGAGCAUAAUGUCUGUAUAGAGUCUGUGAGACAGGAGAUGCAAUCUUUGCAUCCUGAUGAUUCACAGAUUGUAGUUUUAAAACAUAAUGUAUGGCGUGUAAAGGGCCUUAUACAGAUAUCCAGAUCUAUUGGUGAUGUAUAUUUGAAAAAGGCUGAGUUUAACAGGGAGCCUUUAUAUGCCAAGUUUCGGCUACGUGAAUCUUUUAAAAAGCCAAUAUUAAGUGCCGAUCCAUCAAUUUCUGUGCAUCAGCUGCAGCCACAUGAUCAAUUUAUUAUAUUUGCAUCUGAUGGCCUCUGGGAGCACCUUAGCAAUCAAGAUGCAGUUGAUAUAGUACAAAAUCAUCCACGCAAUGGAAGUGCUAAGAGACUGGUGAAAGCUGCUCUGCAAGAAGCAGCAAAGAAGAGAGAAAUGAGGUAUUCAGACUUGAAGAAGAUUGACCGUGGUGUUCGACGGCAUUUCCACGAUGAUAUUACUGUGAUCGUCGUGUUCCUUGACUCAAACCUAGUAAGCAGGGCUAGCUCAGUCAAGUGCGCAAAUAUAUCCGUGAGAGGGGGUGGCAUCAGCCUGCCCUCAAACACAUUGGCUCCAUGUACUACGCCAACUGAAGCUGGCAGUACCUGAUGAAGCUAUAUCUCUUAUUUUUGUCUCCUGUAUCAUUCUCAUGUGAAUACCAGGUAGCUUCCUGAAGAGAGAGUGGAGCCACCCGUCAAUUCUUUAAUGUACACUGUAACUUUUAACUUGGAACUGAUACUUGCAUUUAGCUUCUGUGUCGAAAGAAAAAAAAAAAAAAGAAAAAAGAAAAACUAGAAUGAAGUACAAGGUGACAAUUAUUAUAGUUAUUUCUUGGGAAGUUUUCUACCUCGUCUCUUUGCUCCUUCGUUGGUGUCGUCUUCAGUUUUUGUAAAUUGUACGACCUGGAAAAAUUAAGUUCUUCCUGCUUUACUGAUCACACUUGCAGGAAAUGUUGUUGUAGUGGAAAAUGCUUCGAUCUAAUGGACUCUUCUAAUAAAUUAUGAUUUGGUAACAA